AUGUCUACUACUGCGGGCGCGUUCAUCGCAGGUGGCAUUGCAGCAUGCGGUGCAGUCACGGUCACCCAUAGUUUCGAGACGGUUAAGAUUCGCCUUCAACUGCAGGGUGAAUUGCAGAACAAAAAUCAGGCAGUGAAGAUGUACAAGGGCCCUUUACACGGCAUCAAAGUCAUUUUACAGAAUGAAGGACCUCGGGGUCUGUUCCGAGGUAUUGGAUCUGCUUAUAUCUACCAGGUCUUGCUUAACGGCUGCCGUCUGGGCUUCUACGAACCUAUCCGCGCAAACCUCACAAAUGCUAUAUACAAAGAUCCCAAGGUCCAAUCCCUCGGUGCCAAUGUCGUUGCAGGAGCUGCUUCGGGUGUCAUUGGUGCUGCAGCAGGGUCGCCUUUCUUCCUUGUGAAGACCCGUCUUCAGUCCUACUCGCCGUUCCUCCCCGUCGGCACCCAGCACAACUAUAAAAACUCCUUUGAUGGCCUUAGCAAGAUCUACAAGAGCGAGGGUAUUAGGGGCAUCUACCGUGGUGUCGAUGCUGCUAUGAUCCGCACCAGUUUCGGCAGUGCCGUGCAGCUCCCCACAUAUUUCUUUGCCAAGCGCCGUCUGACCCGCCACCUGGGCAUGAAGGAGGGACCUGCUUUGCAUCUGGCUAGUAGUGCAGCAUCUGGCUUUGUUGUGUGCUGCUGCAUGCACCCCCCGGUAUGUCAUCUUGAACAUGGGGCUAUAUGUUCUUCGCUGACUUUCUUCGCUCUAGACACGAUCAUGGCUCGUAUGUACAACCAGACAGGAAACCUGUACGGUGGUGUUUUUGAUUGCUUGCUUAAGACUAUCCGCACCGAGGGUCCACUUGCCAUUUACAAGGGCUUCUUCGCCCAUCUCGCCCGCAUCCUUCCCCACACUAUCUUGACCCUGAGUCUGGCUGAGCAGACUAACAAGCUGAUGCGCCGUGUCGAGAACCGGAUCCUGCCCGACUCCUUCCGCGAGGGAAUCUAA